AUGAGACAGACGUUACGCCAAGAAACGAAAAGCGACCACAACGAAACCAAACGGCGGAGAAAGUUCCAGCGGCCGCGCAUCAUAAAAACACAUCCCAACAAGCAUCGGGAGGGCGAUCGAAAACGGUGGCGAGAUAGAAUCACGGAACGCGAACGGAAACGGUAUGAAGGGGUAUGGGCUGCAAACAGAGGCCUGUUGAUUGAUGAAAACUCCCCGCCUGGGAGCUCUACGACUCCACUGCGAGAGAUGGUGCUGAAUCUGGUUGUGCGGGAUAUAUGGUCCCGCAGUCGACUCCAGCCCAUCCUCCUUGGGCAAAUUUGGGAUCUUGUCUGUCACGACAACAGGAGGAUGCUCACUCGCCAGGAAUUUGUGGUGGGCAUGUGGUUAAUCGACCAGAGUUUGAAAGGACGAAAGCUCCCCAUUAGAGUCUCCCAGAGUGUAUGGGAUAGUGUUCACAUUCCAGGUAGUUGCUAG